AUGUCUCUUUUGUCUUAUCAAGUAUCAACAUUGCCAGAUAUUGAAGAGCAGCAGGAAGCACCAUCUGCUUCCAUUCAGAAGCAGCAAGAAGCAGCAUUUGCUUCCAUUCAGAAGCAGCAGAGAGCACCAUCUGCUUCCAUUCAGAAGCAGCAGGAAGCACCAUCUGCUUCCAUUCAGAAGCAGCAGAGAGCACCAUCUGCUUCCAUUCGGAAGCAGCAGGAAGCACAACCUGCUUCCAUUCAGAAGCAGUAUGACAACAAUUUGCCAAGCAGUAAUGGAGAAAAGGAAUCACAAAGCCCCACAGCAUCUUGGAACCAGACAUCAUUCAAGAUCGCGCCACCAUCAUCGAUAGAGAAGCAGAUUAAUGCCAACACACUUAAAAAUCAUAUUGUUUUGCCAAAAGCAUUCUGUGAUGGUAUUGGGUUGCGGGAACAUUGUGCGAUCACACUCAAGACCUCAAGGAACGGUAGUGAAUCUUGGCAGAGUUUUCCAGCAGCCUUCUGCAACGCGAUUGGUCUGCGGGAAGCUUGCACGGUCACAUUGAAGACCUCAUUGAGCAGCACCAGCUCUUGGCAAGUGCGUGUUCUCCCAUACAAGGAUACCAGCCACCAGGUCGGGUCAGGCUGGAAGAGCUUCUGCGAGGAGAACAUGAUCAAGGAAGGUGACUUAUGCACCUUCAACGUCAUUGAAAUGAUGCUCUGGCAUGUCAUCAUAGACCGUUGUUAA